AUGAAAGGAUCAAAUGCUCUGGUCUUUGCCAGUUUUAUUCACACCUACACACUAGCUCUCGACGUCGGAGCAGAAACAUACUUUGACCCAACCGACGGUGAAGCUUGGGAAUUAAAUUAUGGUUAUUAUCCCUAUCGAUCAUAUCAAACCACCGACCUCAUCUCGCCACAGUUCAGAACCUUGGUUGAUUCACCCGACUGCCACGGUGACCGACAUGUGUUUUUCACGCCUCGAGGAUUUUCUAUCGCAGCACCUGGACCGAUGAUCGUGGACAGCUAUGGCGAACUCAUCUGGGCCAAGAGUACAGACGGACAGGCGUAUGACUUCAAGGUGCAGGAAUAUAAAGGCGAACAGUACUUGACCUAUUGGCAAGGUGACGACAGAGUUCGAGGACACGGUGCUGGAGACUACUAUAUGGUAUGCUUUCUCGAGGAUGUCAGCAAUAACAAAGAACAAUUUGCUGACGAAUCCAGCNUUAAUACUGGCUAUCAAGAGAUCAGAAAGAUCACUGCUCUUAAUGAUUUGGCGGCCGACCUUCACGAACUCGUCAUUACGCCUCAGGGCACAGCGCUACUCACUGUCUACGAAGUCUACCCACACGACUUGAGCGAGCUCCGCGACUUUGACGAAGGAGAAGAAGAUCCUCACUACAUCUGGGACAGUCUAUUCCAAGAGAUCGACAUCGAAACCAACGAACUCCUAUUCCAAUGGCGCGCCUCAGACCAUUACUUUGUCAACGAGACCUUCAAGUCAAUAGGAGGCGCCGGCACUCGAAACGAGCCCUUUGAUUGGUACCACAUCAACUCAGUGCAAAAGGACGAAUUUGAUAACUACCUGGUCUCCGCUCGCUACACUCACACCGUGACCUACAUCAAUGGCACUUCCGGCGACAUUAUCUGGAUCCUAGGAGGCAAGCGCAAUAUGUUCAAAGACCUCGACGACGGCUUCGCUACCAAUUUUGCCUGGCAGCACGACGCUCGACUCCACUCCAAGACAGAGUUUCCCCAACUGUUCAGCGAAGACAUCGCGCUGUAUGGAAGUAGAAAAGAGGUGGAUGGUGUCACGAAGCAGCUUGUCACUCUUNUUGACAACAGCGCAGAAGAUGUUGAACAUACACUAGACUCAUCUCGUGGACUCUUGCUCGAGGUCACCUACCCUUCUGCUCAUAUACCGUCAUUCCAAAAUGACCUCACUGCACGUGAUGUCGCCCAGACUGAGGAUGAUAGAUACUCAGCAAAGAUCGUUCGAUCGUACGAUCAUCCUCAAGGCCCUCUGUCGACCAGUCAGGGGUCGUUACAGGUACUACCGUCCCAAGACGACAAAACAGACUCCAGAGUCUUCGUUGGCUAUGGUUACAACGCCCUUUUCUCCGAGUUCAGUGCAGAUGGCACACUCUUGUGCGACAGCCAUUUUGCAACCAACUACUCCUGGGGUCUGGGCCAAGUUCAAUCUUACCGCGCUUUCAAAUUUCCCUGGACUGGCCGUCCGGUUGAUCCUCCAACUGCGGUACUUUCAACGGAUGGUCAGAUCUACGUCAGCUGGAAUGGAGCUACUGAAGUCAGAGGAUGGGUUCUCCAGCAUACUCGUACAUUUCCUACCACCGAAAAUGCCUGGAAGAACGUACUUCACAUCGACAAAGCCGGCUUCGAAAGUGUCAUCGAUAUCGAAGACGUCGACCUGCUACGAUAUAUCCGGGUCAAGGCGGUUGAUCAGAAUGGUGUGAUGUUGGGUGUGUCAAUGGAGAUCGAUAUGGGCUGGAGUGCGGUCUUGUCUAGCUCUGUGCCACAGCUCAACGCCAUGAACAGUGUGGCACCCAUCAAGCUGGUCAUGUUGAUUUGCAUCAACGUUACCAUCGUGUUCGUCAUGUACGAGCUCUGUAGGCGUCUCUGCACGUGGCGUCAGACUCGCAAGUGGCGACAAAGAAGAGGCAUCCGUCUGCUCUCUGACGCAUAG